AUGGGAGAUACAACAGAAAAUGUUACCACUCAGACGAGAAACCCCACUGCAGUCGACUCCACCCAUGCUUAUUAUCUCCAUCCCUCUGAUGCACCAGGAAUGGUGCUAGUUAGUUCACCUUUUGAUGGCAAAGGUUUUGGAGGAUGGAAGAGGACCAUGUUAAUAGCAUUAUCUACCAAAAAUAAGACUGGUUUCAUAUAUGGAACCCUUACAAAACCUCUUGCUGGUGCUCCUCUGUUGAAUGCUUGGACAAGAUUCAAUGACAUAGUGUUGUCAUGGCUAUUAAACUCACUCUCAAAAGAAAUUGCUGAGAGUGUAGUUUACUAUCAGAGUGCUCAACUUCUGUGGUCAGAUCUGGAGUCCAGAUUUGGACAAACCAAUAGUGCUAAGCUGUUUCAAUUAGAAAAAGAAUUAUCAGGAUUGGUUCAAGGUAAUCUCACUGUCAUUGCGUAUUUUACAAAGCUAAAGUGUAUUUGGGAUGAACUAGAUGCUAUGAAGACAUUUUCUAUGUGCACUUGUGAUUGCAACUGUGGAUCUAGAGAAAAGAAUGAUAAAGCACAAGAUGAUGAAAGACUUUUGCAGUUUUUAAUAGGCUUGAAUGACUCUUACCUUGGUCAGAGAAGAAACAUUCUGAUGAAUACACUAUUGCCCUUUGUUAGUCAUGUUUAUUCUCUUGCCAAACAAGAUGAGAAACAAGCAGAAAUUCACCAUUCCUCCCCUAAUCCAAUAGAAUCUUCAUCAUUUGUUGCUGCUGGACAAAGCUCUAACAGGAGGUCAAACUAUCAGGGAAACCGAACAAACUCAGAUAACAGGAGAAACUACACAGGACAUGGAAACACUUGCUCUUACUGCAAAAAGGUUGGUCAUACCACUGACAAGUGCUUCAAGCUGCAUGGAUUUCCCUCAGAUUUCAAAUUUUACCGAGCAGAGACAGCAAGUCCAAAAUGGACCUAG